AUGGAGAUACCUACCAGCUCCACCUCUGAGAAGAAUCUGGAAGAUUCAACUGAAUUGCAUGAUUCUGACCAGAAACCCUCUAAAGUGCAUAUACAAGACUUUACUACAGAUCUACACUGUUCACUAUGUAAUGGUUGGUUCCAUGAACCACUGAUGCUACGUUGUGGUCACAACUUCUGCCAGGCCUGUAUCCAAAAUUUCUGGAAGCAGAAAACAAGGGAAACAUGCUGCCCUGAGUGUAACAUGCUAUGUUCAUAUAACAACUGCACAUUCAACCUUGUACUAGAGAAGCUGGUAGAGAAGAUGAAGAAGCUAUCUUUACUCAAGAGCCAUCCACAAUGCCCAGAACAUGGAGAGAGCCUGAAACUGUUCAGUAAACCAGAUGGGAAACUGAUUUGCUUUCAAUGCAAAGAUGUUCGGCUGUCUGUGGGGCAGUCUAAAGAUUUCCUGCAGCUCUCUGAUGCUGUCCAAUACUUCACGGAGAAGCUUACCAUUAUUCAAAGCCAACUGAAGGCACACCUGGAAGAGCUUCAGUCCCUGAGAGACAUGCAAAGUGAUGCUAUUGAAGCUUACAAGGAAAACAAGAUGGAGCUGCAGAAGCACAUCACCUUGGAGUUUCUAAAGCUGCAUCAGUUCCUGCACAGCAGAGAAAAGGUCCUUUUAAGUAAACUCCAAGAAGAGGGGAAAGCCUUGAAUGAGGAGAUGGAGUUGAAUUUGAACCAGCUUCAGGAACAGUGUGUACUAGCCACGGAGAUGUUGGCGAGCAUCCAAACACGGAUCGAACAGCAGAACUCCUUUGACUUUCUCAAAGACAUUACAUCUCUUCUGGAUAGCUUGGAGCAAGGAAUGAAAGUGCUGACAUUCAGAGAGCUUAUCUCCAAAAAGCUGAACCCAGGGCAGUACAAGGGUCCUAUCCAGUAUAUGAUAUGGAGGGAAAUGCAAUCUACUCUUUCUCCAGGUCUAUUUCCACUAACUCUCGAUCCUAAAACUGCUCACCCAAAUCUGGUGAUCUCCGAAAACCGAACCAGUGUGUGGCACGAUGACUUUAAGCAGGUAAUGCCAGAUGAUCCUGAGAGGUUUGACUCGAGUGUGGCUGUGCUGGGCUCAAAAGGAUUCACAUCUGGAAAGUGGUAUUGGGAAGUAGAAGUAGCAAAGAAAACAAAAUGGACAGUCGGAGUUGUCAGAGAAUCCAUCAUUCGGAAGGGCAGCUGUCCCUUGACUCCUGAGCAAGGAUUCUGGCUUUUAAGACUAAGAAAGCGAAAUGAUCUAAAGGCUCUCGAUUUGCCUUCUUGCAUCCUGCAUCUGAGUAACAACCUCGACAAAGUGGGAAUAUACCUGGAUUACGAAGGAGGGCAAGUAUCCUUCUACAACGCUAAAACCAUGGCCCACAUUUACACCUUCAGUAGCAUUUUCAUGGAGAAACUUUAUCCCUAUUUUGGCCCUUGCUGUAACGAUGAUGGAGAGAAUAAAGAACCACUGCACCUCUCACAUCCACAGUAG